GCAUGCAUUGCGGCGCGGGGCUGGCGACCGGGCGCUCGUUUCAGACGCGUGAGAAGCUCGUCGCCGCUCUGCCACCGUCUACGAGGCGAGGACGACAUGGAAGUGAAAGAUGCCAAUUCUGCACUGCUCAGUAACUAUGAGGUGUUCCAGUUAUUAACUGAUCUGAAAGAGCAACGUAAAGAAAGUGGAAAGAAUAAACAUAGUUCUGGGCAGCAGAACUUGAAUACCAUCACCUAUGAAACAUUAAAAUAUAUAUCAAAAACACCUUGUAGGCACCAGAGUCCUGAGAUUGUCAGAGAAUUUCUCACAGCUAUGAAAAGCCACAAGUUGACCAAAGCUGAGAAGCUUCAGCUGCUAAAUCACAGACCUAUGACUGCUGUUGAGAUCCAACUGAUGGUGGAAGAGAGUGAAGAGCGGCUCACAGAGGAGCAGAUUGAAGCUCUCCUCCACACUGUCACAAGCAUUCUGCCUGCAGGACCAGAGGCUGAGCAGAAGAAAAAUACCAACAGUGAUGUGACAAUGGAUGAAGAAGAUCCAGCAUAAAAGAGCACAGCUGGCCCCAGCACCUCGUGAAGUCGAAACACCCAGCAGCCAUUCGCAGGACAAAGAGGAUUGUUUAUUUGGUUCUACCCCGUAUCCAAACAGACCUGGUUUCAUGGUUGGGUAAAUCACAAAAA